UGUUACACCUCCGUUUUGAAAACGAAGCCCUCACUUUUUCAUCUCACACACUUAUCUUCUUCUUCUUCUUCAGCAGUGAUCGUGGCAAUGUCUUAUCAUAAAGAGCUGGCUGCUGCAAAGAAAGCAGCUUCUCUUGCUGCUCGGCUCUGUCAGAAUGUACAAAAGGCUUUGCUGCAAUCAGAUGUUCAAUCCAAAACUGAUAAAACUCCUGUAACAGUAGCUGAUUAUGGCUCACAGGCACUGGUUAGUUUUGUGCUGCAGCAGGAACUUCGUGCUGAAUUCUCAUUAGUUGCCGAGGAGGAUUCUAAAGAUCUUCGCAAAGAUGGUGCCCAGGAAAUAGUAGAGCGCAUUACAAAACUUGUGAACUAUUCUUUAACUAGUGAUGGAUCAUACAAUGUUACUUUAUCCACAGAAGACGUUCUCAAGGCCAUUGACAGUGGCAGAUCCGAAGGUGGUUCCCAAGGUCAACAUUGGGUUUUAGAUCCUAUAGAUGGUACUAAAGGUUUUCUGAGAGGAGAUCAGUAUGCAAUAGCAUUGGCUUUGCUAGAUGGAGGAAAAGUUGUUCUGGGUGUGCUGGCUUGUCCAAAUCUUCCACUAACUUCCCUCAAGGAUGCUGGCCAGCAUUCUCCAAAUAAUGAAGUUGGCUGCCUUUUCUUUGCUGAAGUUGGUGGUGGAACUUAUAUGCAGCCACUUGAUGGUUCUUCGGCAGUGAAGGUGCAAGUAAGUGCUGUUGAAAAUCCUGAAGAAGCAUCAUUCUUUGAGUCAUAUGAAGCAGCACAUUCCAUGCAUGAUUUAACUAGUUUGAUUGCCCAAAAACUCGGUGUCAAAGCACCGCCGGUUAGAAUUGACAGCCAGGCAAAAUAUGGUGCUCUGUCCAGAGGAGAUGGAGCCAUAUAUCUGCGUUUUCCUCACAAAGGGUAUCGAGAGAAAAUAUGGGAUCAUGCUGCUGGGUGUAUUGUUGUGACUGAAGCUGGGGGUGUGGUCACAGAUGCUGCAGGGCAGCCCUUGGAUUUUUCCAAGGGAAAGCAUCUUGAUGUGGACACAGGCAUCAUUGUCACUAACCAGAAGUUAAUGCCAUUACUGUUGAAUGCAGUUAAAGAAUCCCUGAAAGAGAAAGCUCCAUCCUCAUGAUCUGUUUUAGAGGCAGGCUUCAUCCUUUCCUCUUAAUUAUUUUGCCCUUAAGUGCUUUCUCCCUGCGUGUACAAGCAUUUACAUUACAUUUAGCAUGCAUGAACGUUAAUGGGAUCAAUAAAUCUUGUCUCCACAAUUAUGAUGAUGUAACCGUAGACUAGAACUUGAAAGCAUGGUUUUAGGCCUAGAUCCUUUGCUUUGUAUCCCCUUGUCCUAUUUAAAAAUUAGUGUACGUUUGGUUCACGAAAUUUAAGAUUCCUUUUGAAAA